GAGUAUAUUAAGGGACUCUGUGAACCUGAACUAGAAGAAAAGGAAUUCUACCCAAAGGACAUGCACUGUGUCUUUGUUGGCGCACAGAACCUGUUCCUCCACAGUCUUAUUCGGGAUGCCUGUGCUGAUAUAACAGUGCUGGAAAUUGGAUUGCUUAGUAUUAGGGGUGGUGCAGAAGCUGUUGUUAUGGCUCAAAGUCAUGUUCAGCAGUUUGUGAAGCUUUUUGAGAGUAAUGAAAGCUUAUUAAGUGACAAUGAAUCUGAGAUUAAAAAGCAAUUCAGACAAUUUGUGGAAGCACAUGCAGAUAAAUAUACAAUGGAUUUACUGAUUUUGCCUAGCUCACUAAAAAGAGAGCUCCUAGCUCUCACACAAACUGAAUGUUGCAAAGUGGAGAGUGAUAUCGUAGAUCUUACUGGUUCUGAAAGCCCAACGGAGCUUUUACAGAACAAAGCCUCCAGUGUAAUUGCGACAAACAGAGAUGGAAGAGCAUGUAGUGAGGAAGCACGAAACAAUGCUGGGACACCUGUAACUGAGCUUACAAAACAAAUGGACACUGUGUUUUCUGAUGCUCCUGAAACAAGUUUUGUUCCUAUAAACCCUGUGCCUCUGUUAGAGGCAGUGGUGUCUAAAGAAAGGCAGUCAUGUAAAAGAAGAUCCUCUGAUGAGGAGGAAAGGCUCCCUAAAAAGCAGUUCUCUUUGGAAAACAAUCAGGAGGUGAAAUCUGACUCACACAGCAAUCCUUCAGACAGCAAUGUUGUUAUUGAUCUGCUUUCGGAUAGCUGCAGCGAACCAAGUGAUCCCAGUUACUGCUUGAAAGAAGGUGAUGAUAUCAGUGAAGAAAUGGAAUACAAAAUUCUUGUCAACUUUUUCAAAACAAUGGGGUAUUCCCAAAAUAUUGUAGAAAAAGUUAUUGGUGUCCUAGGACAAUCUGUGGAACCAUUAAUAUUGCUAGAAGAAAUUGAAAAGGAAAAUGUAAAAGUUCAAAAAGAACACGAACAGUCAUCUCGGAAGCCUAGAACUAUCAAUCCUCCUUUAGGAAGUAAUGCAAAUAAUUCACAAAAGUUAGAAGACAAAGGCAUUUCUAGCAAUAAAAGUCCACUUAAAUCCAGUCAUACUUCAAAGGAGACCAAAAAUGAGUAUCACAAAAUAAGAGAAUCACCAGUCAUAGAGGCUGAUGCAAAAGAUAAAAUGCCUAUGUUGGUACGCAAACCUGCUUCACCUUCCAGUAAAAAUUCAGCUGUAUCCCCUAAACAGAGAGACAUUUAUUGCCCUGGCAAGAACCACAAUUUAAGUGAUGUAGAAACUGAUGGUGGUACAACUUUUGGUGCAGUACAAGGUAGAGCUCUACAAGAUGUUGAUUUUGUAGCCAGAGGGAACUCAGAUGUGCAGCAUAUUUCAACUAAGACUAAAACUGCAGUUCAGCAAAAAUCUGUACGGCCCUCAACUGUACAGAAUAGUCAUACAGGUUUUGAGGACCAAUUAGGACACUGCAGCUCUUCUCAAGUGAGGCCUCGGAACCAAAAGCUAUCCCAAACCUCAAAUUCUGAAAAUCCUAUCCCAGACCAGGUGCUUUCUUCUCAAAGACAUCCUUCAAAUCCUGAUAAAGAGACAGUGGGACUGCACAGAUGUCAUUCUGAUCCUUCAGUUACUGGAGUUCAAAGAUUUUUGGAAUCUCUGAAAAAGCCAUACAGACUGGAGUUGAAAAAUGAACCUGGGAAACCGUAUUUAAAACAUAUCAUUAUUGAUGGAAGCAAUGUUGCAAUUUCUCAUGGUCUAAGGAAAUUCUUCUCCUGUCGAGGAAUUGCAAUAGCUGUUGACUAUUUUUGGAAACGUGGCCACAGAAGUAUUACUGUAUUUGUUCCACAGUGGAGAACAAGGCGUGAUCCUUUCAUUACAGAGCAGGAUUUCUUAACGCAGCUACAGGAUGUUGGAAUAUUGUCUUUAACCCCUGCAAGGAUGGUUUUAGGAGCAAGAAUUGCUGCUCAUGAUGACAGGUUUUUAUUACACCUUGCUGAUAAAACUGGAGGUAUUAUUGUGACUAAUGAUAACUUCAGAGAAUUUGUGACAGAAUCACUUGCCUGGAGAGAAAUUAUUCAAAAAAGGUUGCUCCAGUACACCUUUGUUGGUGACAUAUUUAUGGUUCCUGAUGAUCCAUUGGGAAGAAAUGGACCUAGAUUAGAUGACUUCCUUCAAAGCGACGGCUAUUAUAGAAAUUUUCGGUCGGCACAAGAGGAUUUUCAGGGCAGUGGACGAUACUCUCCUGAGACACCUUUCUUCUUACCCGUCCCCAAAACAAUGAGUAGCAGUCAACAUCCUCAAAACAGAGUGCAUGAUGAUCAUGCAUCAACAUGGCUUCCGCUGGAAACAAACAUGCAGGCUUGUCUAGCAAACCCACCACAGAGAUCUGCCUCAGAAACAGUACAGCUAAGAGAAGCCCUGAUAAAAAUUUUUCCUGAUUAUGAGCAAAGACAGAAGAUUGAUCUAAUAUUAGCAGAUCAUCCAUUCAUGAGGGAUCUUAAUGCACUGUCUGCCAUGGUGCUUGACUAAGUUUUUAUAUCACAACUGAUC